UGGACGAUUGUUUCGCGUUGAUAUUGUUCGUGUGGGUGUCACGUGACAAACUGACGGGAUCGUGAGCCCGAAAGGAGGAGGCUCCCCGUGUCGCAAAAAUGCGGCUAACCGUGCUAAGUCUCGCACUAUGCUUUGCCUCCCUCUACACGGUCACCGGAGCCACUGUACAAAAUGGACGGCUAUGCGGUAGACGUCUGCUCAACUUCAUGGAAUUCAUCUGCGACGAAGGCUUCUACGACCCCUUCACCGUCGCUAAAAGAUCCGUCGACGGACUGCGGCUCUUCCCUGGAUACGGCAGCCAGCAGAAGAGCGGAUUCCUAGGAGCCGAGUCGGCGUCCCAACUACUCCAGAAGAGGAUCCACGGCCCAACGACCGGAAUCUAUCAAGAAUGCUGUCUCAAACCGUGCACCAUUGACGAGGCCCAGACUUACUGCUCCAAAUGAGGACUUGUACUUUGACCUCCUUCUAGACUUGACUCUCGACUACAAUCUCGGCACCUGCCCAAAGACUUGCGCCUCGAAAGAGUUCAACUUAUUGCCGUCCAGUGCUUCUGCGCCGUGAGUAACAGGGAGAGCCGGUCCCUGUACACGUGUCUUCGAUAAACAGAUUCAAAGUAUUCCAAGCUUUGAACUUUCUUCUUUUGCAUGAAGUUAACAAAAAAUGAAAAGAACACAGUUACUC